CACUUCCGGGUCAGCUGGUCUCCAUGCUGGUUGCAGUCAGCAUGGCAUCGAAAAACAAGUUCCAGAAGGCGGUUGUCAAGAGUAAUAAUACAACUGUUGAAGAGGAGCCGAAGCCUGAAAGUGAGUAUUUAGAUGAAGAUGGUGAUCAGAAGGAGGAUGAGGAGGAGGAGGACGAUGAAGAGCUCAACCUGGACGACGUGUUGCUGCUGGGAGGAAAGAAGUCGGACUUCCUGCUGUUGUCGGGCAUCAGCGACAACCACGACCUGAUCGAUGGCGGGAAGAAGGGCGCCAUCGACGACCUGGAGCCGGGGGAGCUGGAGAAGUUCAUCACCAAGCUCGGCGUCCGCGCCUACGCCUCCCUGCAGACCGUUGCCGACGACGACGUGUUCGGAAGCGGCACCAAGAAAAAAAAGGAUAAGAAAGCUCCCGCUGGCGGCGAGCCCUCGGAGACCAAAGCGGCGCCGAAAGCCGACGGCGAACCCGCCGUUGCCGCGGAGACGAAGAAACCCAAGAAGACCAAAGAGGCGGCGGCGGGCGGCGGUGUGAAGAAGGCCAAGCAGAGCGCGGACGUGUUCGAGUUCCACCAGCGGUCGCUGCUGCUGAUCAAGCCGGGGGGGAAGUGGUUCGACCUGGAGUACACGACGGAGGGCUGCGGCGAGCCCCAGGACGAGGCCCAGGUGGCGGCCUACAAGGCGCUGGCGGCGCGGCUGUACGAGGCGGAGGAGGGCCAGUACCGCAGCAAGAAGAGCCUGCAGAAGGGCGCCAACUCGGCCUGGAUGAAGACGGUGGUGUCCAAGGGCACGCUGGUGGACCGCAUGGCCGCCAUGACGGUGCUGCUGCAGGACGCGCCGGUGCACGGCCUGCAGCACGUGGAGAGCCUCAUCGCCAUGGUGAAGAAGAAGGGGGGCCGGCGCAUGGGGCUGAUGGCGCUGGACACGCUGCGCGAGCUGCUGCUAUCGGACCUGCUGCCCGCCGACCGCAAGCUGCGCUCGUUCGCCCAGCACCCGUUCGACACGCUGGAGGAGCGCGCCAGCGGGAACCGCGACUCCCGCGACCGCCGCCUCAUCCUGUGGUUCUUCGAGCACCGCCUGAAGGCGCUGGUGGCGGAGUUCGUGGUGGCGCUGGAGGAGGUGUCCCGGGACAGCGUGGCGGCCACCAAGAGCAAGGCGCUGGCCACGGCCCACGAGCUGCUGUCCCAGCGGCCCGAGCAGGAGAAGGCGCUACUGGUCCAGGUCGUCAACAAGCUGGGCGACCCCGAGUACAAGAUGGCGGCGCGCGCGUCCCACCUGCUGGAGACGCUGCUCCACCGCCACCCCAACAUGAAGGCGGUGGUGUGCGGCGAGGUGGAGCGCCUCAUGUUCCGGCCCAACAUCAGCGGCAAGGCGCAGUACUACGCCGUGUGCUUCCUGAGCCAGGUGCUGUUCAGCCACGAGGAGGCGGAGCUGGCCGGCCGCCUCAUCUCCGUCUACUUCACCUUCUUCCGCGCGUGCAUCAAGAAGGCGGACGUGGAGUCCAAGAUGCUGGGCGCGCUGCUGUCGGGCGUGAACCGCGCCUACCCUUACGCCGUCGCCGGGGACGACAAGGUGAAGGAGCAGCUGGACACGCUGUUCAAGGUGGUGCACGCCGUCAAGUUCAACACGGCGGUGCAGGCGCUCAUGCUGCUCUUCCAGGUCAUGGACUCGCAGCAGUCGGUUUCGGACCGCUACUACGUGGCGCUCUACAAGAAGCUUCUGGACCCCGGGCUGAGCGCCUGCUCCAAGCAGAGCAUGUUCCUCAACCUGCUCUACAAGUCCCUGAAGGCGGACGUGGUGCUGCGCCGCGUCAGGGCCUUCGUCAAGCGGCUGCUGCAGGUCAGCUGCGAGCAGAACGCUACCUUCGCCUGCGGGGCGCUCUUCCUGGUGUCGGAGGUCAUGAAGGCCAAGCCCGGGCUGAGGCUCCUGCUGCAGGAGAACGAGGCGGGUGACGAGGAGAACUUCAAAGACCUGGCCGAGGAGCAGGAGGACGACGAAGAGGAGCGGUUUGUUGACGCCGACAAGGUGGCGGAAGAAGAGACGAAGGCGACGGUGAAGGAGGAGGACGAGGAGGAGGACGAUGAGGAGAAGCCAGUGCCAGAGAAACCAAAGCCCAAAGGAUCAUGGGUACACCACCAGAACCUGGAAGGGGGCAAGAAGACGGAGACCUACGACCCCUUACACAGGAACCCCAUGUUCUGCGGCGCGGACCGGACCACACUAUGGGAGCUCCAGCAGCUGUCUCUCCACUUCCACCCGUCCGUCUCCCUGUUCGCCAAGACCAUCCUGCAGGGGGACUCGGUCCAGUACACCGGAGAUCCGCUCCAGGACUUCACUCUGAUCCGCUUCCUCGAUCGCUUCGUCUUCAGGAACCCCAAACAGCUGAAGGGAAAACAGAACACGGAGGCCACGGUGAUGCGUCCGCAGCAUAAGCUGGCCCAGAACAAGAUCCGCUCGCUGGCCGUGAACUGCAAGGAGUUCCUGGAUAAGGACGAGAGCCAGAUCCCCGUGGACCAGGUGUUCUUCCACCGGUACUUUAAGAAGCGCGCCGCGGAUAAGUUCCUCCGCCGGCCACCAGGGGGCAGCGACACGGAGAGCUUAGAGGACGUGGAGGACGACGAGUUUGAGAGGAUUCUCGACUCGGUGGAAGGAGACUCGUACUACACAGACCUUGGGGACGUCAACCUGGACUUCGCUGGCAACGUGAAGACUCCGACCAAUGAGUCAGACUCGGAUGACUCGGACCUGGACGACCUGGACGACGACGAGAUCUCUCUGGGCAGCCUGGACGAGGAGGACUUCGGAGACGAGAUGGGGGAGGAGGGAGGGACCUUCGUGAACGACGACGACGAGGAGGAGGGUGAGGAAGAUGCUCUCGAGGAAGGUGACGAUGCAGAUUUCGCUUUUGAUGAUUCCGAAGAAGAGGAGGGGCUUCCAGAAGCCGCACCCCCCAGUAAGAAGAACAAGAGGAAGGCUCCUGCAGAGCUGGACUUCUCCGGCUCCAUAGGACCGGCCGGAGGGAAGAGGAAGAAGGGGAGGAAGGACGCCGGCCUGUUCACGUCGGCUGAGGAGUUCGGAUCGAUGCUGGACGAGAACGCCGGCUCCAAGUUCGACAACAUCGGGAUGAACGCCAUGGCCAACAAAGACAAAGCAGGGCUGAAGCAGCUGAAGUGGGAGUCCCAGCGGGACGACUGGGUCCACGGCCGCGACGCCCAGACCCUGAGGAAGAAGAAGACCACCUUCAACAAGAAGAAGGACUUUGUUAAGGCCAAGGUGGCGGGGAAAGCCAAGGUGGCGGGGAAAGCCAAAAUGGCCAAAAAGGUUUUCAAGAAGAAGAAGUAACUUUAUACCUGGUUCUGGUUCUGGUCCUGGGGGGGGGGGGGUCAGUCGGACUUAGAGGACCAGGUCUGGUGGUCCUGCUCCCGAAUGCCGUAGACCCCCGCCCAUUCGUUGGACUGGUAGUAUACUGGAAGGGAAAGACGUAUUUAAGUCUCAUUCAGGAGAGUGGUGGUUCAGAGGUCUGACUGGACGGUUUGAACAAAGCGUUUUCUGUCAUGUUUGUCGCUAACAAAGUUCACGAGUUACGUCAACGUUCUAAACGAGAGGGAUGACUGACCAGCCAAUGGGUGAUGAGGGACGUCCAUGUUUUGUGUUUGGACACGAAGCAUUUCAUAUGCAAUCAAGGAUAAAAUAUUGGCAAUCUUACAAUUGAACUGAUAUCUUAACGGGCACGUUUUGACCACCUGCUAUAAGGCUGAUGAGCCAUUACAAAAGUUUUUUUCAUUUUUUUAUUGAUUCUUUGACAUUACAAGUGGGACUGUACUGGAGGGUGGACCCUCCCACUUGUGACGUCACCACCAGUGGAUUGCCUUGUUGUGACCAAUCAGAAGAUGGGCCCGUUUAAAUUGCUCUUCUCAUUGGCUGCUAUAGAGGGAUUGGUUUUCACUUGGUGUGCCCAUCUUUAAAGCUCACUGCAGCAGUUUACGUCUUAGUCCUUCUAAAGGAAAUAGCAUAAUAUCGUUCUUACCUUCAAGUACAGACGGGAGCCGUCGGUUCAUGGUGUUCCUGAAGUCUACGGGACAGAGUGACGGUUUAAAUGUGUACAUACUAUCAAACGGACACGUUGAAAUGUCCGUCAGAUUACCCUUUAUAUGUCAUUAUUUUUUGCUGUUCAAUAAACCGUUUUUAAAGCCGUA